AUGUCUACACAAUUUUCUACUCCACAACUUCCUACAUUUAUAACAGCAAGUAAUAAAGAAAUUCCAGUUCCAAAAUCAACAUCACUUGCUCGUGCUGCACGUUUAUUGGAAGAGAAAAAGUCAGAUUCUGAUGAAAAAGAUGUCAGUGAUGAAGACGAUGGAGAUUUUUUUUAUGGGGAAAAAAAUUCAACAAGCGCACGUACAAUAGCAGCAACAACGACCGUUGAUGAAAUAGACGAUGACGAAUUAAGUCGAAUAGCGUCAAUGUACGAAAAUGAACAACAACAAGAACAACCAAGCAUUGUGCAAAAACUAAUCGAUUUUAAUGAUGUGCAAGCACCGUUAAAAGAACGAAAAACAUUGCUUGAAAAUGACAAUAUGGACGAUGAUGAAUUAUGCAAUGCAUUUGACAAGUAUAAUGAAGAAAUUGAUUCGGAAACACGUCGAAAUUGUUUAGAAUAUUUGGACAGUUUAUUAAACGAUGAUGAUGAUGAUGAUGAUGAACAAGAAAAUAAAUCAGAAUCAAUGGACAAUGGUUGUGAUACAAAAUCAAAGCAACGAAAUGUGACCAUGUCACCGGUAUUUCUCAAUAAAAAAAAUUAA